AUGCCUCCAAUCAACCCCACAAAGGCAGAGGAGGCAGAUUUUAUGAAGAAUCUGCUGGCCGGUUUAGACGAUUCGUUCUGGAACGCAGUCCCCACCCCAGAUCCAUCGCCCACUAAGAAGAAUAAAGAAGCCACGGGAAAUCUACCAAGGACCCCUGUUAAGGGUUCGAAGCACACUUGCUCACAAUCUACUCCAAUUUUGUCCAAGAGCUCACCUUCAAAACUACAGGAUUCAGCCGCCGAGGAACUCAUGAAGGGUGUGGAGGGUUGGGAUUGGGACAUGAAUUACGAGAUAUCACCGAAAAAGCCAUCUCCUAAGAAGUCCAAGGUCUCGCCGGCACAGCCUCUAUUGCCCAAGUCACCAAACUACACUACUACAUCGGCUACGCGCUGUACUGUUGAAACGGUACUAGAGACAGAAUUGGAAGGGAAGACCUCUAAGCAAAUGGUCGUCAAGGUUUCUGCGUCUGAGGAACGACGUUCAGUCUCCCUUGAAGAUCACUGGGCUCUGACCGACGUCCGGCCAGGAGAUGUCGUCAACAUUCUCGGAGACUUCGUCCCAAUUUCUGCGUCCAGCUCCGUAACGUCCUCCAUUACCGUCUCUUCAAAACAAAAUAAUCUCAUUCUCCAUCCCGAUACGCUCAUAACAUCGACGGCCCUAUCUACAGCGGCACACUGCCGUCGCAAAGCUCUGCUCUCGGGGUUAAUCCGUUCUUCUACUGACACGACUCCGUCCCUGGUCUGGGGCCAUAUACUCCAUACCGUUUUCCAGAUAUGUCUCGGUGCUAAACGAUGGGAUGAUGCUUGGUUGGAGCAGCAAAUCGACGAGGUCGUUCGGAAUAAUUUGGCAGACCUUGUUCGAAUUGAAAUGAGUGUGGAAAUGGCUAGGAGCCAAGUAAGGGCCAGGGCGAAAGGCAUACAGACAUUCUUCGAGCGUUACCUCUCCAUCCAACCAAAGCCUGAAGCUCUCCUUUCGAACACUCGUGCCUCCCGUGACCAAACAGCUCUUCUGGCAAUAUCUGAGCUGCUUGCCGUUGAGGAGGACAUCUGGUCUCCGACGUAUGGGCUGAAGGGCAAAAUCGACGCGACUGUGCAAACAACGAUUUCAGAACCACAAUUCUUUUCAGCACAGCCGUUCCUCAUCCAUGGACCCAAGCCACUUGAAAUCAAGACCGGACGUUCGCUUGGGAUCAUGGAACAUAGGGCUCAGACGAUGUUGUACACCCUGCUGGCACAGGAGCGCUAUCGAAUCGAGGUCACGUCGGGAUUGUUGUUCUAUACUCAGAAUGACGAAGUCGUACAAGUUCCCGCGAGUAGGAAUGAAUUGCGGGAUCUCUUCCUUGCUAGGAACGAGAUCGCCGCAUACUUGAAGCGGAGACAGUUUAAUGUGAAGUCUCAUACCGAGAGCACCUUCGCAGAGCCUUUUCUUCCCCCGACCAUUGAUGAUGAACGGACCUGCAAACGCUGUUACUCUAUUGACAGCUGUAUGCUCUACAGAAAAGCUGUAGAGGGCGUUGAGGACACCAGCUCCCCGAUCGCUGACGCAUAUCUGCUCAAAACCGGACACUUGACAUCAUCUCAAGCGGCCUUUUUCAAGGACUGGGAACACCUGUUGUCUUUAGAAGAACAGGAUAUUCACCGCUUUCGAAAGGAGAUUUGGACCAUGAAGGCGGAGGAGCGGGAUUCAAAAGGUCGUUGCUUCAGCUUUAUGACUUUGGACCCCUCGUUUGAGCCUCCUCCGCCGGUACAUUCUGGCGCUCGGGAAAGAAAGAUACACACAUAUACAUAUAGAUUUCAUCGUGCUCCCGGGAGUCCACGUUCAACUUCCUUCUUGAAUGGACUUCUCGACGCCAACGAUCCCGUCACAGUCUCGGUGGAACCUAACCUCGUUGCUUUGGCUCAUGGUUAUAUUCUAUCUCUAACCACGACAGAGGUUAUCAUCGGGGUCGAUCAUGACUUAUCUCUCGAACACAUUCGUUCUCGCUUGAAGGUCACUGACCCUAAUCAAACAAUCAUUUAUCGUAUCGACCGGGAUGAUUUACAGGUGGGGAUGUCACGAAUCCGGGACAAUCUUGCACAGCUCUUUUAUGCUGAUGGUGACACUCGGCGACUAGAGCUGGUCGUUAACUUGCGCAAACCUUAUUUCCACGAUCCGUCAGCUCUAUCUUUACCUCCGGCAGUAUCAAAGUACACUGCACAUCUCAAUUCACACCAACGUCAAGCACUUAUGAAAGUUUUGACUGCUCAGGACUAUGCCUUGAUUCUAGGUAUGCCCGGAACAGGAAAAACGACCGUCAUCGCUGCUCUGAUCAACAUCUUGGUUGAAAUGGGCAAGACCGUGUUGUUGACAUCGUAUACUCACUCCGCAGUGGACACCAUUCUGGUGAAGUUGAAGGACGACGCAGACUUUAGUAUACUGAGGUUGGGCAAUUUAGACAAGGUUCAUCCCGAUGUGAGACACUUGACAUUAAACGGUCGCGUACCAGCAACCACAGUUGAGCAGCUCGAACAUCAAUUAAUGACUCCCCCGGUCGUCGCCACUACCUGUCUCUCAAUUGAUCAUGCCGUGUUCACCCGCCGAAAAUUCGAUUAUUGUAUAGUCGACGAAGCUUCACAAAUAACGCUGCCGUCAUGCUUGGGACCUCUUCGCUUCGCAGAUAAGUUCGUCUUGGUUGGUGACCAUUUCCAGUUACCACCGUUGGUGCGAAAUCCGUUAGCUCGAAAAGGGGGCUUGGACGUCUCACUCUUCCGUCGCCUGUCGGAUACUCAUCCAGAAUCUGUCGCGAACCUUGCGUAUCAAUAUCGGAUGAACGCUGAUAUCAUGCUUCUAUCGAACAGAUUGAUUUAUGGCAAUCGUCUACGCUGUGGAUCCGAAGAAGUGGCUCGCCAAAGCCUAGUACUUCCUAAUAAAUCCUUCCUUCAAAGUUUACAUCGCGAGACAUCGACAUGUUCCAGUGGAGACUGCUGGAUAGAAAAACUCAUGUCCGAAAGCUGCCACGCCAUCUUUGUGGAUACAGACCGUGUUUCAUGUCGCGACACCAAAAUUGGGGACCUUGUUCAAAAUGAGGGCGAAGCCAAUAUUGUCUACCAAAUCACGGAGGCUUUGAUUCAGUGUGGGAUCCAACCCAGCCAGUUGGGUAUCAUAUCGCUUUAUCGCCAGCAGAUAAAACUUCUCUCUCAGCGGCUUACAUCUCAUUCCGGGAUCGAGUUCAUGACCGCAGACAAAAGUCAGGGAAGGGAUAAAGACUGUAUCAUUAUCUCUCUCGUGCGCUCGAAUAGUUCCGGCUCCGUUGGCGAUCUGGUGAAAGAUUGGCGUAGAAUGAAUGUCUCGUUUACCCGAGCACGUUCAAAGCUGAUUUUGGUCGGAUCAAGGAAAACUCUAUCGACCGCAGAGCUACUGAAUGAGUUUUUUAUCCUGAUGGAAGAGAAAGAUUGGAUUCUACAGUUGCCCCCAGGGGCUGACACGGUUCAUGAUGGGAUUUUUGUCGAUGCUUUGCCUGGAAGUCCUAGUGGUAAGAGAAAUACAAGUGAGGAUGUCAGCAAGGAAAUUGCAAUGUCGGAAAGGCCUAACAAGAAACAGAAGAAGUCGGAUGGGCUACUUCGUGGACGACCGAUCCUCCAAGACCUUGUCAACGACACCCGAUAA